CUGGCGGAUGGACCAGACGAAUUCCUCCUCACUCUGUACAAUCUCAGAGGCUGGCUGGGUCUAGGAGCUGAUGUCGGUGCCCCUGAGUUGAUUGAUGUGGCUCUGACCAGGAUCAACUCCAACGUCUCUAACUACGAUGUCUUCAUUAGGAUGCUGCCUGACACUGGCACCAUGAAAGCUAUUGUGGAUGCUAUCAUAGAUAUGUGUCCACUUUCCAGAACAGCAGUUGGAAGAAGAGAUCCUGACCCUGUGCCGCUGUCCCAGAAAGCCUCAUACCUU